AUGCGCAGCUCGCAUCUCCGUCAGUUACAAAGGUUUGUCCAGCUUCGGCGUUUGGCCUCUGAUGCGGAUUCCAGAAGAGGUGACACAGGUGUGUUGGACGGCUUUCACGUAACUCCAUUAGGAGAUUCGGAUAUGCCUCAAAGAAGUAGAUUAAGCUUUCUGUCAACGGAAAUGACAGAAGCUAAUCAGAUGGGAGUUCGUGCCCUAUCAUGUUAUGGAUUCCGUUUGAUGGACGGGAGUUUCCUAUAUGGACCGGUGGCGUUAUUCCCGAAGACUGCGCUGUCCUGGCGUGUUCAGACUCCGGAUGAAAUCACACCGCGAUCCCUCAGUCUGUUCGCAAUGUUGGAACCCAAAAUUGACAUCCUCGUCAUCGGAGUUGGGGACAAGAAAAAUAUUGACAAAGUGAGAGCACAAAUCAUUGGUUUUCUAAGAGAGCACCGAAUUGGUCUUGAAAUUUCUGAUACGGAAGACGCUAUAGCUACAUUCAAUUUUCUGAAUGCAGAAGGACGCUACGUUGCUGCAGGUCUCUACCCUCCGGAUGAUAUGGUGGUGACAGACGCUGAGUACGGUCGAGCGAUGAAUCUUUUGAGGGGAUGGGAUACACUUGAAGAGAGCCCUUUAUUAAUGGGUCUCAACGACUCUAUAAGUCACGCAGGAGAUCUCAUAAAGAAGAUGUGGAGUGGGAAAGGAGACUACGAGAAAAUUCGCAGAAGGCUCCUCGCACCACCAGAAGAGCGUGAAGCCAUGUAUCGUGAAGAGCUGGAGCGGUUGAAGCAGAAGAAGCUGACGGACAAGUCAGAGACAUAA